UGGAACAGUCAUACGCGCAGACUAAAAACACAUUUAAGUAAUUUAUUAUGUUUAAGUAAACAGAGAAGAUACCAACAAGUUUUUGUAUCCAAAUUGUUCCACUGCCUAGAUAUCAGUAGGUGAUUAUAAAUGGGCUAUUAAGGUUAAACCAAAAAUGGAUACUCUACCUGAUUUCAACUAUGAGGACGCAUUUAAACUUGUGGAAAGACCAACAUUAGUGAAAGUUGACCUCGAUAGGGUGCUGCAGAAUGUGAACGUUGUUCGUGAACAUCUCUCUUCAGGGACAGAGAUUAUCGCGGUAGUGAAGUGCAACGCCUACGGGCAUGGUUUUCUCCACGUGGCCAGAUUCCUCGAGCAGUACGCCAAAGUCACGUGUUUUGCCGUCGCCACGGUAACUGAGGGGAAAGAGCUGCGUGAGGGCGGCAUCAGGAGUGACAUCAUCGUACUGGGUAAUAUAACGGGGUAUGAAAUUCCAACAUUGAUCCAACACAGGCUUAUAACGUGUAUCUCAGACAUAGUCACCCUGGAGAUAUGGAACCAGCAGCGUGAGAACAAUGUUGUUGCAAAUGGCGCAUUAGACUCCAAUGAUGUGUCCGCGAGGUUAGCAAAUCUACCAGCACCGAGCGAGUCACCACCUGUCAUCAUUCAAGUGGACACGGGGAUGGCCGUCAGUGGCUGUCACGUGGAUCAGCUGGCUGGUAUUAUGGAGUUUUGCAAAGGCAAUUGUAUACGGGUCCAUAGCCUGAUGACCCACUUUGUGGAUUCAUGGGAAGACCUGGACCUGACAAACCGCCAGCUACAAUCGUUUCUACGUGUCACAAAACCUUACAGGGACAUUGGUGUUCGCGUGCACGCAGCAAACACGUGCGCUGUUUUCCGCGGGGUGGGGACGGACCUGGACUACGUGCGUGUCGGCGUGGCCAUAUAUGGACUUCCGAUAGACUCAAGCAUUGCAAGUGUGGAUGAAAGCAAGACAGCGGGGCUACAACCGGCGCUCAGUUUGCACUGCCGGGCCGUCCGUGUUCUGCAACUAGACAGGGACCAGGCCGUUGGAUACAACCGCGGAUAUGUAUGUCAGGAGAACGGCGAACGUGUGGCAGUGCUACAGCUGGGCUACGGGGACGGGUUCUCCAGGUCCAUGACAGGCGGCAGCGUCUUCACAGUGGACAAGACCGAAUGCAAAAUAGUAGGACGUGUUUCUAUGGAUGCUGUUUUGGUGAAAGUGCCGGAAAGUGCAGAUGACGCGCGCCUUUUCUGCGUGCUGUCGGACGACUAUGAUCCACGGACGUCUGCCGCCGCCCUCGCUGCCCUAGUUGGUACGUCUACGAGUGAGGUGUGCGUCCGUUUGAACACUCGGCUGCCCAGAGUUUACAUCAGCCGGGGGAAAAUACAAGCAUUCGUCAAAUAGAAUUUACACAUACCACUUUAACAUAAAUAACUGUAUUUCAUAUUGAGAUAUUCAUUGUCACUGUUAUUAUUAUUAUUAUUAUUAUUAUUAUUAUUAUUAUUAUUAUUAUUUAAAUAUUGUUACAAUUAUUAUUAUUUUUAUUUUUUUCAUUAUAACUAUUAUUAUUAUUAUCAUCAUCAUCAUCAUCAUCAUCAUCAUCAUCAUCAUCAACAACAACAACAUCACCGCCAUCAUCAUCAGCAGCAGCAGCAGCAGCAGUAGCAUCAUCAUCAUCAUCAUCAUCAUCAUCAUCGUCGUCAUCAUCACCAUUAUUUUAUGCUCAUAUUUACUGGUAGAGAUACUUUCAAUCGUUAUGUAUCUAUCUAUAACCCCUGACGUAUCUUUACCUUUAAAUUGUUUGUUAUUUACAGAAAUAUAAAUUGGGUUGAUUUAAUGUAUAAUUUGUUUACAAUGGUAAAGCUUUUACCCAUUUAGCACAAUGUCUUGUGGCCGUGAAUGUAGAGCGCUGGAUUUUAAUCAUCGAUUAUAACGGUUGUGAGUGCCGAAAUUAAGUGUUUUUGUUUCCAUUUUUUUUAAAUUUCCUACUCUUAAUACAUAAAUGGAGACAUCGUAAAGUCUUGCAAGCUUAACAGUUAGAUUUCAUCAAACAUAUUAGAUCAAUUGUAGUAAAAGUCAUAAGUACUAAGAUGUCGCGACCGAAGAACGUGCGUUAUUUUAAAAAUAAUAUUAUUUAAUCAUUUAUUAGAAAAAACAAAGUGAAAUAUAUUGCUUUAUAAAUGGAUGACCAUGGACAAAUAAACAUAAAAAAUUAAAAUAGACAGAAACAAAUAUUUUGAAUCAAAUAAUUUGUUAAGAACUUAAUUGAACUUAUGAAAAGCAUAGAAAAGACCACAAACAUUAACAAUACAAAUGUUACCCUCAACGGAUGCGAACUCGCAACCGUACGAAUCACAGCCCUAAACAUCACCUACUGCACUAUAUACCCCACCAAUAACAAGAUAUAUGUUAUACGGUAACACCGAGAAGAUAGCUCUCAAAUGACGCACGUAAUAUAUUAAGGAAUCUAAACGUGGACUUGUCCAAAAGAACACAGCACACGGGUCAAAAUAGGACUAUCAUAACACAUAUUUCUGUCAAUCUGUUAAUUUCUGCUGUGGUUUUAUGAGUUUUUGUUUUAUUUGACGUACUGCAAACCAUCCAUUUACGCCGUUUAUCUUUUUAAAAGAUAUCUCACGCUACUUUGUAUGUUUGUAUAUAGUGAGCGGAGACCAUUUUUUAUAAAUGGUCACCAUAACCAUAAUAUAACCAUUAAUCACCAUCAAAAAUACUUCCAAGAAACUAAUAUUAUAUUUAAUAAACAAUCAGGGUUAAGGGAAAACCAUUCCGGUAUUACCGCACUGACUAGUUAAAUAGAUGCGUGGAUUAGAGAUGUAGACAGUGGCACACUCAUUGGAACUGUUUUUUUUUCUUGAUCGCAGUAAAGCAUUUUAUUUAGUGGACCAUGCAAUCCUUUUGGACAAAUUGAAACUGUACCAUUUUUCGAUUAACGCACUGGCGUUCUUUUCGUCAUACUUAAGUAACAGAAAACAGUUGGUAAAAGUCGGAGAUACACAAUCUGAAUUACUCACUGUUAUUUCUGGUGUACCUCAAGGGGCCAUAUUGGGUCCUUUAUUAUUUAAAUUAUAUAUCAAUGAUAUUGCUACAUGCAAUGAUAAGAUGAAUUUAGAUUUCUCUGCAGAUGAUUCUGCAUUGCAUGAGGCGGGUACUAGUCUCUUAGAAAUUGAACAUAACCUUCAAAUUAAUCUAAAUUGCAUAGGAAAAUGGUGCAAGGUAAAUAUAUAGUAUGUUAUUGCAUACAAUUAAAUCAAAAUGCAUGGUCGUUGGAACAUCAUUUAAAACGAAACGAGCAUCCGACUUGUUUCUGUUAAAAAACGGAACUUCAUUAGAAAAUGUAAAUGCCAAAAACCUACUUGGUAUUUAAAUUGAUAAUAAUCUCAAGUGACAUUCACAGACAGAAUUUGUCUGUUAAGUAAACUAAAAAAAAAACUAAUAAAAAAGUUAUCUAUUUUCUGACUGAUUAGAUGAAAUAUAUGUUCUAUAACUCAUAUAUACCUGUUAUUCGAAAACUGUUGUCAUAUGUGGGGCAAAGGCAAUGGUUCAAAUGUAAAUAAAAUAAACAUUCUACAAAGAAGUUUGGCAAAAAUAAUAUAACAGAUAGAUGUAACUAUCAUACUGCCGUACUUGUAUAUAAACCCAUACAUGAUAUGGUACCAACAUACAUGUCAGAUCUUUUAACAUUUUCAAAUGAUGAAUACUAUACUCUUAGAUCAGUUUCAAAAAAGGACCUCAUUUGCAAUAUGUUGCCUAGAACAAUUCUCAAGGACUCUUUUUCGUAUAACAGUUUACACGUAUGGAAUGAAAUACCUAUAGGAGUAAGAAAUGUACAUAAAUUGGUAACGCUCAAUUUUUAAGUAUAAAGCUUUCUUUUUGAAUAAACAUUUAAACAUUCAAGUAAAGACUUGAAUUCCGACUGAAUCUAUUUAAGCAAUUUGUAUAAACGUUAUAUUCAUUAUUAUCUUUCUCACUUAUUGUAUAUUACAUUGGGUGUUUGUCGGUAAGGGCUUGAAAUUUGGUUGAAAUGAUACAUGUGUUUACCACGGUGUAUUAUUCAUUACUGAUUCAUAUGAUGAUUUAAGUAUAUCCUUUUUUGCUAUUUAAAUGAUAGUAUGCAUGUGCGAAUUCUAUACAUGUGUUUAAAAUAAUUAACAUGUCUAAUUAUGCAUUAAUGCUUUAUAUGACUAUAUGUUUUUCGUAUUAGAUGAUAUUUGAAUAAUAGUAUGUAUACAUGUGUGAAUUGUGUAAAGAUGUCAUUAUGUUUUGUUUAAGAAGGCCAUAUUAGAAUAUGA